AUGGGUUCAAUCGAAACAUCCGACAAUGCUUCGAAAUUCAUCUUGACAGCAGAAGCCUUGAACGAGGCGCUGCCUAAAAUGCAUGUGUCCACAAGAGCAAUUCAUGCCGAUGACUUUGUCAGUUCUCAUCGUGCUAUCGCUCCUGGAAUGCAUACAGCGGUCAACUUCCGCUACGCACGCGACCCAGAAAAUCUUGUGCCGGAGGAAAAUAAAGACCCGAACGCCCCUUAUGACUCUCACGUAUACUCUCGCUACACGGCACCGAAUACAAAUCGCUUGGAGGUCCUGCUUAAGAAUAUCAUGGGUGGAGAAGUGAUCACUUACUCGACCGGACUAUCUUCUUUCCACGCUAUGGUCGUUCUCCUCAACCCCAAAAAAGUAUUCAUUGGAGAUGGAUACCACGGAUGCCAUGGAGUUCUGGACAUCAUACACCGAUUGACAGGAGUUCAGAAGCUGGACCUGACAGAUGUUGAUCAAGCUGGACCCGGCGAUAUGAUCCACGUUGAAACCCCUCUUAACCCCACUGGCGAAGCCCGCAACCUUGCCUAUUAUCGAGCAAAGGCGACUGAAAAGGGAGCCUACCUGACUGUGGACGCUACUUUCGCACCGCCCCCGCUGCAAAACCCUCUGAAUCUUGGAGCCGAUAUUGUGAUGCACAGUGGAACGAAAUACGUUGGGGGUCACUCCGACAUGCUUUGCGGUAUCCUGGUCAUCCGCUCAGACCAUGUUGAGAAAGGAUGGCUGAAGACGCUCCAUAAAGAUCGCCAAUACAUUGGCAGUGUCAUGGGAAGCUUUGAGGGCUGGUUGGGAAUCCGCUCCAUUCGUACUAUGCAGCUUCGAGUGGCCCGGCAGGCACAAACGGCAGAGAGACUGGCUGCGUGGUUACACGAGGAGCUGAAAGACCCCCAGUCUCCAGUUGCAAAGGUUCUGAUUGAUGUUAAGCAUGCCUCUCUGCAAGAAGACGAUUUGAAGGACGGAUGGCUCCGCAAGCAAAUGCCUGGAGGCUUUGGUCCCGUCUUUUCCAUGUGGGCCAAGAAUCCGGACCAUGCUCGUCGACUGCCUACCAGAAUGUUUGUUUUCCAACAUGCCACUAGCCUGGGGGGCGUGGAGAGCCUGAUGGAAUGGCGUACAAUGAGCGAAGCAGGCUGCGAUAAGAGGCUCUUGAGAGUCAGUUGUGGAAUCGAGGAGUUUGAUGAUUUGAAGACCGAUAUUAUUCAAGGGUUGGAGUCGAUCCUGAGGGAUUCCGAUUAA